CUCAUCAGUCAUCAUCAUUCUCUCUCUUUCCCUCUCUGAUCGCCAUGGAGUCUAGUGACGUCACCACCAGCUUCCACCACUUCUCCAACUCUUCAAAUUCCUCCCCUACGUCGUCGUCGCCCAUUUCGUCCCUGCCGGCGCCUACCUCAAUCCACAGCCCCUGCGCCGCCUGCAAGAUCCUUCGCCGACGGUGCGCCGACAAGUGCGUGCUCGCGCCUUAUUUUCCGCGGACGGAGCCACUCAAGUUCACCACCGCGCACCGCCUCUUCGGCGCCAGCAACAUUAUCAAACUCUUGCAGGAUUUGCCAGAGAGCCAAAGAGCCGAUGCAGUGAGUAGCAUGGUGUACGAAGCCAGCGCCCGAAUUCGCGAUCCAGUUUACGGGUGUGCAGGCACGAUAUGCCACCUUCAGAAGCAAGUCGGCGAGCUUCAAGCUCAACUGGCCCGGACUCAGGCCGAGCUCAUCAACCUCCAAGCUCAGAACAAGAACUUGCUCGCCCUGAUUUGCAUGGACAUCGAGCAAGAUUCCUCCUCUCAACAACCCGAUCCAAUUCCAAACUGCAUGUUUCAGAACAACGAUGCUUCUGAUUACUGCGUCCUCGAAGACAUCAGCCAGAGCUACGUAUUUGCCAAUUCCUCAGGAUGCGAGCCGUCGUGGGACAUAUAGAAAGUUUUUAUAAUUAAAUCCAGGAAUAACUAUGUUCACAGUAGUUUAAUUUCUAA